AUGGUGCACCCCUCGGCGCUAGGCUCCACCCGCACUGAGCUGGUGGGGGCCCUGGACGCCCACCCCCUGUCCCACCGGCUCUGGAGGCGCCUGAAGCCGCUGGUCCUGGGGAAAGUGAACCAAACCUUCCAGGGGCUGGCGCUGUUGAAGGGCAUCCAGGAGGUGUGGGAGCUGCUGGGCGCCCCGCUCUUGAACUUCGCGAACGACAGCGCCGGCGUCGCACGGCUGCAGAGGCUCCUGCAGGUCACAGGAAGAAGGCAGCCAGGAGCUGGAGGCCAGGACCGGGGAGAGGCUCUUCGUGCCUUUCUGAACCCCCGAAGUGGUGGCUGCAGCUGGCAUGAGGCCCAUGCUGAUAUGGGACACCUGGUGGGCACACUGGGCCGUGAUGGAGGUCCAGAGGAGGACUCUGGGACCUCGGACCCACGCCCAAGCCCCUCCCAGUGCGUGACUCUGGACGAGCUGGAGGCUGCGCCCUCAGAGGCUGCCCUGGUGGAGCGGGCCCUGGAGCUGCUCUCCGAGCCCGAGGACUUCCCGGACUCUUCGCAGUCCCCAGGCCCUGGCCAUGUGCGCAUCAAGAUCCGCAUGGACAUCGAUGACGUCACAAGAGCCAAUAAGAUCAGGGACAGAUUUUGGGACCCCGGUGCGGCUGCUGACGCGCUGGUGUGGGGCGGCUUCGUGUACCUGCAGGACCUGCUGGAGCGCGCAGCUCUGCGCGUGCUCACUGGAGCCGCGCCCCGCGCCGGCCUCUACCUGCAGCAGAUGCCCUACACGUGCUACGUGGACGACGCGUUCCUGCGCGUGCUGAGCCGGUCACUGCCGCUCUUCCUGAUGCUGGCCUGGAUCUAUUCGGUGGCGCUGACCGUGAAGGCUGUGGUGCGUGAGAAGGAGACGAGGCUGUGCUGCACGAUGUGCGCCAUGGGGCUCAGUGGCGCCGUGCUUUGGCUGGGCUGGUUCCUCAGCUGUCUCGGGCCCUUCCUUCUCAGCACCGCGUUGCUCGUGCUGGUGCUCAAGGUGGGCGCACACCGGCCUUCCCGGCUCCAGAAUGGGUGCGCGUCCAACCUGGCAGCCGCCUGCGCGGGCCUCGCCUACUUCGUGCUCUAUCUGCCCUACGUGCUGUGCGUGGCCUGGCGGGACCAACUGCCCGUGGGCGGCCGUGUGGCCGCGAGCCUUGUGUUGCCCGUGGCCUUCGGCUGCGGCUGCGAGAGCCUGGCACUGCUGGAGAAGCAGGGCGAGGGCGCGCAGUGGCACAACGUGGGCACUGGGCCUAUAGCCGAUGUCUUCAGCCUGGCCCAGGUCUCGGGUCUUCUGCUGCUCGACGCUGCGCUCUACGACCUCGCCACUUGGUACCUGGAGGCUGUGUGCCCAGGCGAGUACGGGAUCCCCGAACCGUGGAACGUUCCCUUCGGAGGAGCUACUGGUUUGGGCCUCAGACCUCCAAGUGCCCAGCCCCCUGCCCCACAGGACCCCAAGGGAGUCUCCAUACGGAGCCUGGAAAAGCGCUUUCCUGGUAACCCACAGCCGGCCCUGCACGGGCUCAGCCUGGACUUCUACCAGGGCCUCAUCACCGCCUUCCUGGGCCACAAUGGGGCUGGCAAGACGACCACUUUUCCCCCUCUGAAGGAGCAGCUGCUCUGCGAUCCCUGCACCCCCAGGUCCAUCCUAACCGGCCUCUUCCCACCCACUGCUGGCUCCGCCUGUGUCCUGGGCCACGAUGUCCGAUCCAACAUGGCAGCCAUCCGGCCCCACCUGGGAGUCUGCCCACAGUACAGUGUGCUGUUUGACAUGCUGACCGUGGAUGAGCACGUCUGGUUCUAUGGGCGGUUAAAGAGUCUGAGUGCAGCUGCCGUGGGCCCCGAGCAGGACCAUCUGAUGCAGGAUGUGGGACUGGUCCCCAAGCGGCAUGCACAGACUCGCCACCUCUCUGGGGAGGAGCCUUUGGGUGGGAUUCAGUGGAAGCUUUCAGUGGCCAUUGCCUUUGUGGGUGGCUCCCAAGUCGUUAUCUUGGAUGAGCCCACAGCUGGUGUGGACCCUGCUUCCCGUCGGGGCAUUCGGGAGCUGCUGCUCAAAUACCAGGAUGAUCGCACAUUGAUCCUCUCCACCCACCACCUGGAUGAGGCAGAGCUGUUGGGAGAUCGUGUGGCAGUGGUGGCGGGCGGCCGCUUGUGCUGCUGUGGCUCCCCGCUCUUCCUGUGGUGUCAUUUGGUCUCCAGAUACUACCUGACACUGGUGAAGUGUCCCCCAGCCCUGGCCACCAGCAAAAAGGGUGACCCUGACUUGAAGGACAACAUGGAUCCUGGGCAGGAAAGGGAGCCAGGCAGCCAGGCCAGCACUGCCGGUGAGGGCCGGGGUGGGAGAGCCAGAAGCCACGUGCCCGGGGCACGGCUGGUCAAAGAGCUGCCACACGAGCUGGUGCUGGCGCUGCCCUACCAGGGCGCCCCGGACAGUAGCUUCGCUGAGCUCUUCUGCGAGCUGGACCAGCGGUUGGGGAAGCUGGGACUGGCCGGCUUCGGGAUCUCCGACACCAGCCUGGAGGAGGUGUGGCUCCUGGGGGAGAUCUUCCUGAAGGUGGUGGAGGACUGUGCUGUGGACACAGGCCCAGGGGGUGCGGCCGCAGAUGGUAGGCCCAGGCAGUACCCGUGCUCAGGCAUUGCUCAUCUGGACGCGACUGCAAGGCUGCAGAUUCUGCUAGAGGAAUCAGCCCUGGAGAAUGGGGGGCUGGGAUCUGCCCCCGAGACACAGGCCUUGCAGAGCUCUGGGCCAGACGCCGCAGGCUGUGUACAUGGCUGGGUGCUGGCCCACCAGCAGCUCCGGGCCUUGCUUCUCAAGCGCUUCCUGCUUGCCUGCUGCAGCCGCUGUGGCCUGUUCGCACAGAUUGUGCUGCCUGCCCUCUUCAUGGGCUUGGCACUGGUGUUCAGCCUCAUCAUGCCUCCUUUCGGAUACUACCCAGCUCUGCAGCUCAGUCCCAGCAUGUAUGGCUCCCAAGUGUCCUUCUUCAGGGCACCUGAGUGCACACAGCCUGCCGUCUGCCAGUUCUCGGUGCCCGAGGUUCCUGCAGAUGUGGCUAAGGUCCUGGCCAGCGGCAACUGGACUCCGGAGUCUCCGUCCCCUGCCUGCCAGUGCAGCCAGCCUGGUGCCCACUGCCUGCUGCCCAACUGCCCUGCUGUGGCCGGCUGCCUCCCGCCUCCCCAGGCACCGACCAGCUCGGGCAAAGUGGUCCAGGACCUAACAGGCCGGAAACUGUCUGACUUCCUGGUCAAGACCUACCCACGCCUGGUGCGCCAAGGCCUGAAGACCAAGAAGUGGGUGAACGAGGUCAGGUAUGGGGGCUUCUCCCUGGGGGGCCGAGACCCGGGCCUGCCCUCGGGGCUUGAGGUGGGCCGCUCUGUGGAGGAGCUGCGGGCACUGCUGAACCCUCAACUGGGAGGGGCCCUCGACCACAUCCUGAACAACCUCACAGCAUGGGCUCUUGGUCUGGACAUUCAGGAUGGCUUCAAGAUCUGGUUCAACAACAAGGGCUGGCAUGCCGUGGUGGCCUUUGUCAACCGAGCCAACAACGCUCUCCUACUUGCCCGCCUGCCACUAAGCCCCGCCCACCGUGCCCACAGCAUCACCACGCUCAAUCACCCCCUGAACCUCACCAAGGAGCAGCUGUCUGAGGCCACGCUAAUGGCCUCCUCAGUGGACGUGCUUGUCUCCAUCUGUGUGGUCUUCGCCAUGUCCUUUGUCCCGGCCAGCUUCACCCUUGAACUUUCUCUGGGACAUGUGUCCAUCGUGGUGGUCAUCUUUCUGGCCUUCCAGCAGAGGGCGUACGUGGCCUCUGCCAACCUGCCUGCCCUCCUGUUGUUGCUACUACUGUAUGACUGGUCCAUCACACCGCUCAUGUACCCACCCUCCUCCUUCUUCUCCAUGCCCAGCAUGGCCUACAUGGUGCUCACCUGCAUCAACCUCUUUAUCGGUAUCAACGGCAGCAUGGCCACCUUUGUGCUCGAGCUCUUCUCUGAUCAGAAGUUACAGGAGGUGAGCUGGAUCCUGAAACGGGUCUUCCUUAUCUUUCCUCACUUCUGCCUGGGCUGGGUGCUCAUUGACAUGGUGAGGAACCAGGCCAUGGCUGACGCUUUUGAGCGCUUGGGAGAUGGGCAGUUCCAGUCACCCCUGCGCUGGGAGGUUGUCAGCAAGAACCUUUUGGCCAUGUUGAUACAGGGGCCCAUCUUCCUCCUCUUUACACUCCUGCUGCAGCACCACAACUGCCUCUUGCCACAACCCAAGCUGAGGCUGCUGCCUGCCCUGGGAGAGGAGGAUGAGGAUGUGGCCCGUGAGCGGGGGCGGGUGGUACAAGGAACCACCGAGAGGGACGUGUUGGUGCUGAGGGACCUGACCAAGGUGUGCCCUGGGCAGAGGACACUGGCUGUCAACCUCCUGUGUCUUGGGAUCUCCCCUGGUGAGUGUUUUGGGCUGCUGGGCGUGAACGGAGAGGGGAAAACGUCCACGUUCCACAUGGUGACUGGGGACACGGUGCCCAGCGGGGGCGAGGUGGUGCUGGCAGGCCACAGCGUGGCUCGGGAACCGGCCGUAGCUCACUGCCGCAUGGGCUACUGCCCUCAGUUGGAUGCCAUCUUCGAGCUGCUGACCGGCCGCGAGCACCUGGAGCUGUUUGCACGCCUGCGCGGUACAGCAAGCUCGGGCCUGGGGCGCCUGGGGCGCCUGGGCCUCCCUCAAUGUGCGGACAGCCCCGUGGGCACCUACAGCCGGGGCAACAAGCGGAAACUGGCGACAGCCGUGGUUCUGGUGGGGGAUCCAGCUGUGGUCUCUCUGGCCUGGCCAGAGCUCAUGGCUCCGGGCUCCCACAGCAUGGAGGAGAGUGAGGCGCUCUGCACGCACCUGGCCAUCAUGGUGAACGGGCGGUUCCGCUGCCUGGUCAGCACGCAGCACCUCCAGGGCCGGUUCGGGGCUGGCCACAUGCUGACCCUGCGGGUGUCCGAGUCUCAGUCCGAGUCGGUGGCAGCCUUCGUGGCAGCCACGUUCCCGGGGGCCGAGCUGCGGGAGGUGCGCGGUGGCCGCCUGCGCUUCCAGCUGCCUCCGGGAGCGCGCUGCGCCUUGGGGCACCUCUUUGGAGAGCUGGCGGCACGUGGCGCAGAGCACGGUGUGGAGGACUUCUCUGUGAGCCAGACCACGCUGGAGGAGGAUCAGGGGAAGGAGGAGGACGAGAAGGACGCAGAAGUGGGGGCGGACCCUGUGCCAGGCCCACAGAACCCCAGACUCAUCACCCAGUUCCUCGAGGACCACAGCAUGGCCGGGACGGUGCUCUGA